UUCCAGACACUGUUCAACAUCUGGUUCUGGAUGUGAUUGAAAACAAUGUGAUCAAAGUUAGUUGUCGACAGCCAAGAGAUGGUUUUAAAGGACCUUAUAAGUCCUUCAGAGCACGUAUYGAUGGUCAAAAAGAACAGGAAAAUGAAAAAUGUGAAUUUAAAUUCACAGAUCUGAGCUACUUAACAAACUACUCAGUGGAGGUGUUUGCCUUCAACGGAGAGUUUAUAGGCAAACUCACCACACGAUAUAUUAAAACUCACUAUAAUGACAAAGCUCUGAUUGGGUUUAUGGUCUUCCUCAUCAUCCUCACCUCUGUGGCUCUUCUCCUGGUUCUUUAUAAGAUCUACAUUUUGAGACGCAGAAAGUCCAAUGAAUUCGGUGAAAACAUUAGCCUGAUCUCACCAGGAAAUGAAGAAGAACAUCUGUUGACGGUGGAACCGAUCGCUGCAGAGGUUCUGCUGGAAACCUACAAACGGAAGCUCGCUGACGAGGCGAGGCUGUUCCUGGCCGAGUUUCAGCGCGGGCGUGGGCAGAACUGGUACCUACAUCGGUAUCGAUGCCAUGAUGGAGGGUCUGGAAGCAGAAGGCAGAGUGGACGUCUACGGUUAUGUGGUCAGACUCCGCAGACAAAGAUGUCUCAUGGUUCAAGUUGAGGCCCAGUACGUCCUGAUCCACCAGGCUCUGGUGGACCACAACCAGUUUGGAGAGACUGAGAUCCCCCUGUCGGAGCUGCACAACACACUGAGCCUGCUCAAACAGAAAAACUCCGACAGCGAGCCCACAAUAAUGGAAGAGGAGUUUGAGAAACUCCCCAACCUAAAAAACUGGAGGACGUCCAACACAGGAGUCACAGACGAAAACAAGAAAAAGAAUCGCUCUUCAUCCAUCAUCCCAUUCGACUACAACCGAGUGCUGCUGAGGCUGGACGAGGGCCGCAGCCAGGACAGUAACACUGACGACGAGGAUGAGGACGAGUCAUCAGAUGAAGAGGAUGAGGACGAGGCCACAAAAUACAUCAACGCCUCCCACAUUCAUGGUUAUUGGGGGCCUCGGGCUCUGAUCGCAGCACAGACUCCUCUGACAGACACCUUUGCUGAUUUCUGGUCGAUGGUUUACCAGAAGAAAGCAUCGAUUAUAGUCAUGCUGUCUGAGAACAAAGAGGACAGUGAGCCUUUGUACUGGAGCAAAGAAAAACAGACGUUUGGGGACUACGAAGUGGAAGUGACGAGUACAGAYAUCUCCCCGAUUUUCAUCUCCCGCAGGAUGCAGCUCCGUCACGUUAAGAGAAAAGAGAGUCGUCAGGUGAAACACUUCCAGUUCCUGAAGUGGCAGGACACGGGGCUGCCGGAGAAACCUCAGGACCUCGUAGACAUGAUGAAAGACAUCAGGAGCAACUGUGACGGCAGAUCCCAGAAAGGCAUUCCUGUCGUGGUCCACUGCGAUGACGGCUCGUCCCGUUCAGGGAUCUUCUGCGCUCUGUGGAACCUGCUGGACAGCGCUGAGACUGAGAAACUGGUGGACGUCUUCCAGGUGAUCAAAACUCUACGGAAAGAGAGACAGGGGAUCAUCUCCAGCCUGGAGCAGUAUCAGUUCCUUUACAACGCACUGGAGGGCGCCUUUCCUGUGCAGAACGGGGAAGUGAAACCAGUGAAGGCCGCUGCAGCUGAGUGCCUUCAGAUUGUGAAUGAAACCAAAGCAGCAGUGCAGCCAGCAGAGAAGGACGCCUGCACCACCGGCAGCGACCAGCAGGCGGCGGCAGAGAGCGCCCCUCUGGUGUCACAGGAUGAGAAAGAAACCAAAACAGAGGAGCCUUCAAAGGAGAGCAGCCCCCCCACAGAGACCACACCACUGGAAGAAACCAGCAAUGGACCCACUGUCUCUGUGGAGGUCUGAGAGGACAGGACAGGAUGGGGACAAAGACGGGGACACCGUCAUACCUUUUAUAUCUGGGAACAAACGCUUCACUGCAAUGCUUUUUUAAAAAAAAGAAUAUAUUUUGAAUGUACAAACAUUGUAAAGCUACAUGUUGCUUUGGUGCAAAAGCUGCCUUAGAAUUUGAAUAAAUAGCCUAUUUUAUGUUUAUUUCUAAAAUUAUCGUUGGUUUCAACUGCUGUAACUUAUAAAUUAUUUGUGAAGGAAGCGCAAGAAGAUGAAAAAGAUUGUUUUUACCGGAUAAAUCAACCAAAAACUGCUGUUAUCAAACUAGAACUUUAUGAAACACCAAAGACACGCCAUUUAAAUAUAAAAUAAGUUGGUUUGUAUCUAGUAAAUGUUAUAGUUAGCUUGUAUCCUCACUUCCGGCUAUUGUUCACUUAUAUCUGAUCGAAAUUUGGUUCAGAAUUUAUCGUGYAGCCUUUGUACCUUUUUGGCUAAAAUAAAACUAGUGAAGAGUUGUACUCAUUCAGA